AAACCAUGGCAGAUACGUAAGUGUGAAGUGGUAUUUAAGCAUAUUGAGAUGAGUGGGAACAGGAUGCCAUAAUCGGAGAUAUUUUGUCGAUUAGCUUAGGGUUUUCCUUGUGAUAUGAAUUGAGCAGCUUGCAAUGAUAAAAUUUCAUGGCGAAAAUGGCGAACUGAAAACAAGAAAAUCCUUUGAAGACUUUUGUUGGAAACGCAGUUCGAUGUCGGUGAUGGGUCAAAAAAGCUCUAAGCCUAGACAUUGUUCUAAUAUGGAACCAAAGGUGGAUCGGAAUCACACUGACUUGAACACCACUCGGGACAAUGAUAAGGACAUUAAGUUAAUCCCUAAGCAAUGCAAUACAAAUGUUGAUUGCCCAUUGGUUCCGGAGUGGAUUCAUAAAUCACAAUUUAUCGAAAUACUCAAAGAAAAUGUGCCAGAGUUUUCGAGAAUUGAAAAUUUUUUUGUGAAGCCCGCAUUAAGUGCUAAGGAAAACUAUUCCUCGCUAAUUUUGAGAGUAACUAUUGAUGUAGAGUUAAUAGAUAAAACCAUUAAGCCCUUAUCGUUUAUGAUGAAAGUGCCCCAUGAAUCUGCAAAAAUGCAACAAAUGCUUAAGACUGUCAACUUCUUUACUGUGGAAAAUGCUACCUACACAGAAUUGAUAUCGAAAUUCGAGAAUCUCUACAAAACGAAAGGGAUGAGUAUUAGCUUUGCUCCUCGCACUUACAAGUUCAAGGAGAGUCUGAAAAAGGAACCCAAAUUGGCCAAUUCAGUGCUCAUGUAUGAUCUGGGCCAGGAUGGCUACAAAAAUGUAAAUCGCUUAGAAUGUCUCAAUAUGGAUGAAACCAAGUUUGUACUCCGUAAGCUAGCUCAAUAUCAUGCAGCCGGAGCACAUUGCAGGAUCGUACAUGGACCCUAUUCGGAUGUAUUCACUCAACCCACAUUUGGUUCAAAUAAGGAGAGGGCUCUUUCUAUACUGAACGGCAUUAUGGGACCCUUUAAAAAAAUGUUUUUAGAUAAUCUAAAUGACUUUAAGAAUGGCGAGAAAUACUAUGAUAAAUUCGAACGCCUGUUCUCCACAAUGAGUCAACAGUUCCUCAAGCUAAGCACCUACGAUCCCAAUGAAUUUAAUGUAAUCAAUCAUGGUGAUUGUUGGAUCAAGAAUCUGCUCUUUAAAUUUGGACCAAAAGGGGAAUUGGUCGAUUUGAUGUUCGUUGACUUUCAAUUGCCGAAAUAUGGACAUCCCUCGACAGAUUUGCUUAACUUUAUCAUUACAUCUGUCCACAUUGAUUACAAACUAAAGGAUUUUGAUUUUUUUAUCAAAUAUUAUCACGAUCAUCUGAUUGAGCAUCUAAAGUUAUUGGGCUAUAAAGAGCGUAUGCCUACCCUGAGGGAACUUCACUCCCAGCUCUAUAAGUAUGGUAUAUGGGCAAUUACUGCGUCUGUGAUGGUGCUGCCUAUCGUCCUGUUGGACCCGAAUGAGGAGACACUUGAGAGUCCUAAAUUUAAGAACAUGCUGUAUACCAACUCCCGCUAUAAGGCUCAUAUUAACAAAAUACUGCCGUGGCUAGAUAAUCGAGGUCUUUUAGAUACCGAUUAAAAACUAUAGUAACAACUCAUUAUUUUCAUUGGCCUCCUACAAAACAUGGAAGAACGAUUUGCAAAUUGCAAAAUUUAUUGCAAUUUCAAUCGAUUUCAUCGAGAUAUUUACGAAAUUAAUAAAAAUGUUAUAUACUGAAAACUGUGUGUUUACAAGAAGUAA